CUCCGCCACAUUGGAGUGAACUCUCGGAAGUUUCGUUGCAGUGAUUUAGCGGCAGAGUGAAGCUAACCUCGGUAAAGCGGAGUAAAACGGGCUGUUAGCGACACCACGGUGCGCAAGGAAGGUACCGGCCCCCCCGCAGAGACCCAGCAGGACUACCCAUGGAGGUGCAGCUCUGGACCCGGGUCCAUCUGAGCCGCUAGAGCCUCCGGGACAACUUGUGAUUGUUGUUUUGGCGCUAGAGGAAAGAUGGAGGCGCUGCUGGAGUAGUAGCUAACGUUAGCUGUGCUGCUGGUCCGGGGAGUGAGGAGGCUGCCCCUGACCCUUGGCCUGUAGCUGCUGUUCAUGUUUACAAAUCAACCGGAGCAUGAGAGGCCCUCGGGCUCUGAGGAUGGAACCAAGGCUACUGGAGGCAGGAUCUAGAGAUCAGAUGGUGCUCUGAAGAAGCCAUGGGUAGCUGCUUAAGCUGUCCAGAGAAAGAGUCAAUUCCAGAUAAUCAUCAAAGUAAAUUCAAGGUGAUAAACGUGGAUGACGAUGGGAACGAAUUGGGUUCAGGUGUGAUGGAGUUGACCGAUGCUGAACUCGUCCUCCACACCCAUCGCCGUGACGAUGUCAGGUGGCCUUACCUGUGCUUACGGCGCUAUGGUUACGACUCCAACCUGUUCUCCUUCGAGAGCGGCCGCCGCUGCCAGACGGGCCAAGGUAUUUUUGCCUUCAAAUGUUCUCGAGCUGAAGAAAUCUUCAACAUGCUGCAGGAGGUGAUGCACAGCCACAGCAUCAGUGUGGUGGAGGAGGCGGUACUGGAGCCACACCAGCAGGCAGCACACACACCUGCAGCCCUGGGCUACUCGGUUCCCACAGUGCCGAAUGGCGUGACCAGGAUCCCAUCUGUGGGGGAGGCCCCGUCUCACCCCUCCACACGGCACCCAUCUGUGGCCAGCACCCGUCUGCCCUCCGUGGGAGAAGAGUCCACUCAUCCUCUGCUGUUGGCUGAUGAAGCGGUUCACACUUAUGUGAACACCACGGGGCUCCUGGAGGACCGGCCCAGCCCUCUGACGGUCACCACCCCUCUGGAGAGUCCCACUUCCCCGCGGUCUCUGUGUCCUCCGACCCCCCCACCUCCUCCGAGGGUCCGCACCGAGCCGUCGGACCCGCCCCCCCAGCUGGAGCCCCAGGUGCUGCUUGAGCCUCAGGGGGUGCGCUUUGUUCUGGGCCCCACCCCCGUUCAGAGGCAGCUGAUGGAGAAGGAGAAGAGGCAGCAAGAGCUCAAGGAGGCCGAGGAGCCUCGAGAGACUAACGGCCACACGGAGGCCCCUGCCGAGGCCGAGCCGGCCCCCCUGCUCUCUAACGGCUCCUCCUCCAAUCCCUCCACAGCUUCUCGCCGCCACCGCCCGCCCCCCCUCACCCCCGACCUGCAGAAUGUCAACAACUCGGCCCAGCGGCGCACCGCUCUGCUGGACUACGAAAACCUGCCGGCGCUGCCGCCGGUGUGGGAGGCGAGGAAGCCCAGCUCUGAGGAGGAGGAGAACGGAUGCGGCGGCCUAAACACGCCGGCGCUCAACGGCUACAACCACCCCCCCCCCCACAGUCUGCUGCACCACUCCUACUCCCACCCUCUGUCCCCCAGCCACGAGGCCUCGCACAACUACGUCAACACCGAGAACGUGACCGCCCCGCUCAGCGCCCACCGCCCCGACACGGCCCGGCGCCGCACCGAUGGACCCACCGUCUUCAACUUUGACUUCCGCCGGCCGCCGCCGGGGCACGUGGAUCCGCCCAAAACCCUUAACUACAUUGAGGUUGAGAUGGACCAUAGUGCGGGGAACAAGGGCGUUUCAGAUGGCAGCAACCCCCACACGCCCCGCACACCCACCUCCCCGCUUCCCCCCACCACCCCCACCCGCCGCACCGAGCUCUACGCCCUCAUCGACAUUGAGCGCACCGCCGCCAUGUCCAACCUGCAGAAGGCGCGGCCGCGAGACGACGGCACGUCGCGUAAGACGCGACACAACAGCACGGAGCUGCCCACCAAAAGCACCGCGUGACCUGGAGCGUCUUUAUAUUCCUACACGAGUGAUGACUUCCUGUGUGUCACCAGGAGAACCUUGGUACCGAUAGCGGUGCUAUAAAACCUCUGUUGGGUUGAUGUUGAUGACUUCCUGUGUGUCACCAGGAGAACCUCGGUACCGAUAGCGGUGCUAUAAAACCUCUGUUGGGUUGAUGUUGAUGACUUCCUGUGUGUCACCAGGAGAACCUCGGUACCGAUAGCGGUGCUAUAAAACCUCUGUUGGGUUGAUGUUGAUGACUUCCUGUGUGUCACCAGGAGAACCUCGGUACCGAUAGCGGUGCUAUAAAACCUCUGUUGGGUUGGUGUUGAUGACUUCCUGUGUGUCACCAGGAGAACCUCGGUACCGAUAGCGGUGCUAUAAAACCUCUGUUGGGUUGGUGUUGAUGACUUCCUGUGUGUCACCAGGAGAACCUCGGUACGGUGAUGUAACAUGAGACUGGACUGCAUUCCCCCUCCUAUAUGGUACAAAUCAGUAUUACUGAACAAAGCAUUCCAUUUAGCCUUUUAUAUGAUUCACUACAUGCUGCUGUCAUUCAGUAUCUAAGGACCACAUGGUACACCACAUUAUGUUCUGAAUAUGUACAGUAGAUUCUGGCACAAUAAAUGUCUGUUUUGUUUGUAUUUGUA